GCCCAUUCUGUUAUUCUCUACCCAACCACAGUCUCAGCUCAGUCUGUCCUGCAUCCAGUUGACUCGCCCCCUCCGCUUGCUCUCUCCCUCCUUUCUCCUGUUGACCGUCUUCCUCAUCCACUUCCUCCAUCCAUCCAUCCACUCUCUUCUCAACCAAUUCGUAAGAAUAGUCAACCAGCACAAGCACCAAUCACACACUACAAGUCAACCAACUAUUCAUCCGAAGCUGACCGAUCAACGAGCUGUCUGGCGUACUAUCCGCCCCACUGUGAUCAUCAAGAUUGUCAUAUAGCUCAAACUGUACACUCACCAGAAGCACUAAUACUAGCACUCAUUCCAAGCUUGAAAUCCAAACUCAAUUGAAAAUAAACCCAGGAAAAAGUCAUGUCUGGUCACGUCUACUAUCGCUUCAAGUCUCAGAAAGAGUUCCAGAGAAUCAUCUUCGAGGGAAUCGGAAUCUCCGUAUGGGACCUGAAACGCGAAAUCAUCCAAGAGAGUAAAAUGGGAAAGGGCACCGACUUCGACUUUGCUAUCUACAACGCUGACACCGACGAAGAGUACGCCAAUGACCAUGCAAUCAUUCCACGCUCGAGCUCAGUCAUCGCCCGUCGCUUACCACCCAAAAGACCCGGACACGGCAACGCGCAGCAGUAUGUUGGGGUUAAUUUGACUGGCUCCAACAGUCGUACCAAUCCGCCUCUGACUGCUCAUGUAGAUUGGCGAGGGGGAGGGGCGAUCUCAAAAGAUUUCAGAAAUCGAGUCCAGAGCCCUUCCAACACUCCCCCAACGAGCACUGUUACACCCGUCUUGACUGGCGGUGAACGCGACUCGGAAGCAGAGAGCAUGGCUGCUAUGUUUGCUGCACAGGACCAGCAGUGGCAAAAGACGCAAGAAACGAUGGCUACUGCAACUCGAGUAGGCAGGAAUAUGAGCUUCCGUGAUCGUGGCGGUGGCCAGCAUCGGCUCAACAAAGCUAGAGAGAAUGGUAGUCAUAAUGGACCUAGUGGACCGGGAUCAUCUACCAAUCCAAAUUCUGCCACUAGCAACAUCAAUAGCCAUAAUGGUCAAGGCCAGCUUCACUCUCAAGCUCCCCCUCCUCAAGGCUAUAUCUGCUACCGAUGCGGGCAGAAAGGACACUGGAUCCAAGCAUGUCCAACCAACGAUAAUCCGGAUUUCGAGGGUCGUCCAAGGAUUAAACGCACCACUGGGAUCCCGAAAAGCUUUUUGCAGAAAGUCGAAAGUGGCAAGCCGGUCGAUGGCCAAAACGUCAUGGUCACUUCUGACGGUAGCUUCGUUAUCGCCAAACCUGACAAUGCGACGUGGAAACAGCAUAAAUCGGUUGUCGUCAAGAACCUUUCGGCAGCAGAUAUUGAAAAUCAAAGACCGUCAGAUCCAGACUUAGUAUGUUCAAUAUGUUCGAAGUUAUUAAAGAAUUCAGUGAAGAUGAUCUGUUGUAGUUCAAGUUUUUGUGAAAGUUGUAUCAGUAAUUAUUUAAAGUCACAUUCUUCAGUUUGUCCGGAGUGUGAGACCAAAGUAUCUUUCAACCCAGCUUCUUCUUCAUCAUCCUCAUCCACCAAUCCUCCUAAUAACAAUAAAGCUUUUAUAAUCGAUGACGAGCGAAGGAAACGAAGUGAUGAUUAUAUUCAAGAGAUCCUAAAAAUUAGUCAAGCUGCUCAAUUGGAACAAGUCAAAUCGAACGAGGAUCAAACAGCCGCUGAGACUGCUUCGAAAUCUGGACCGGAAGCUCAAGAAACUCCAUCCGAUUCCAAACAAGAAGAUGAACCCGAUCAUCAAGCUACGAAGCCCGAAGAGACCUCUCCCUCAGAUCCCGCCACUGCUGGCACUCCUCAAGUCGCUCAACCGAAGGAUGAUUCCAAAGCGACAUCGGCCGAGAAAUCGGACCAAUCCAAUGCUAAUCCAUCUAGUGGUAAAGAGGCUCCACAAGUCACCAUUUCUACUGAAGUCGCCAAGCUAUCACCUACUGAAGCCAAGAACACACGAUCGGCCGGACCAGGAUCAGCAGGCGCAUCUCACACCCCCAACAUGAUGAAUGGGAUGAUGGAGUUCGGGAACAAGGAGUUUGGAAGGUUUGGACUGGGACCUGGGAUGGCACUCAACGGGGCUGGUGGAAACAUGCCGAUGAUGCACGGGAUGGGGAUGAAUGGGAUGGGGAUGGGCUACAUGGGUAACGGGAUGAUGAUGGGGAAGAUGAUGGAGCCGAUGAUGAUGAAUGGGAUGGGUGGCGCGGGGCAUAACGUGGUGAUGAACUCGAAUCAGAUCGGCUUCGGGGGCCCGAUGCAUGCUGGGAACGGGAUGGCGAUGGAGCUCGGCAACGGGGCCGGACCGGAGGCGAUGCUGGGCGUGCAACUGAACCAGGUGAUGAUGAUGCUCCAGAACCCUCAACUGAGCGAGCCGAUCCGGAUGCAACUCCUCAUGCAGCAACAGAACCUCCAACAGCAGCUGGCGAUGGUCCAACAAAUGGGCGCGGGAGUCGGGCCGGUCAACCACAUGAUGGAUCACGGCAUGAUGAACAACAUGCAUAUGGCCGCCGGGAACGGGAUGCUGAUGAACCAUCCUUUCGGCAACUCGCUCGGAGUCCACCAUCGCCAGCAACAGCAAGACUUCAACCAGAACACCUCCUUCGGCCCGUUUGGGAUGGCUAACUUUGGUGGAGCCCAUCCGCUCGGUUUCCCCUCGAACGGACUCCACGGCCACCAUCCGAACCAAGUCGGCGGAGGCUUAGGGAUGAAACAAGUCAACCAGAUCCCCCAAUUCAACCAACAUCAAAAACAUCCCCAUCCGAACUUGUCUUCGAACUUUCAAAGACCAGUCGGGAAUCACCAUAAUCAUUUGAACGCUUACAACCGUAGACCGCCUCAUCAUCUCAAUAACCCCCAGACCCCUCAUCCUCUUAACCAGCCCAAUCAACAUCUUGCCGCUCAUUCUAACUCUCAUCGCGAUAAUCCGAAGCGUAAACGGCCCGAAGACUUGAUCGAACUCGAGAGCGGUGAAAAAGUACCCCGAUAUAUGUGAUCACUUCCUCCCCCCUCCUUUUUUUU